UUUGGUGGAGCCAUGAUGGCGUUCGACGAGCCUCGUCCGGUAUUCUUCGUCGAGGACGAGCUCGACCCGGCAUUAGGGGAGCCUAUGAAUGGGCUGACGUACUUGAAGGUGGUCAGACACGAAGCAAACAGGCUGGCCGACGUCAACGUGUCUGACAUAGACCCCAGAGCAUACGACUCGGCGCAGAACAAGUAUGUAGACCUUCAGCAGAACAGGUGCAUUCCAGCACCUCCUGGAUGCGAACCAAGCAACGAGUGGAUAAACAGCUUCGUCGAAGGUUUUGUAUUCUUAAGAAAUAAGUUUUUUGAUUUCAAGAAAACAUGUAUCACAUCCGACGACACGCGGUUGCCCAAAGACGAAAACGGAUGGCGCCGCUUUUGCCUCGGGUCGGCCGACUCGUCGGAUUCUCCCAAAUUGCCCACACCGAGCCUCUUGUGCAGACUCGACGAAGUUUCGGUUGUCAGACUUCUCAAAUAUCACAUAAGGUGGGCAACAGACAGGGAGUCGGAAUUGACUGAAGAAAGCGUUGUGUGGCUGUUUUCUCUUCUGGUUGCGUUGGACACACCCCUCAAUGCGUCCACGCAGGCCGAGCUGCGCUCUCUGAUGUGCAGGUGCUGCGAACUCAGGUCGAAAACGCCGCCCUCGGACAGCGCAUUUUUGCUGCCAAAGCUCAAUAUACUGAUAACGAUAAUCAGUGUGGUGUUUGGACAGACGGAAGUCUUAGACUGAUAAAUAAAUUUUUUUUUAAUGGUUGA